AAGAAAAGAGUAGCUAACAAUAACGCUCGUGAGUCGUGGCCGACAAUGGCUGGAGCAGGCGCUAAUGAGGGCGAGCAGGCUGCUGCUGCUGCUCGUGAGGAGCCAUCACCACCAAUAAUCCUCGCAACUGCAGCAAAUGCCCGGCCGCCGCCAGCCACACUACUAGAUCCUCGGCUGUUCAUGGCUGCUCGCCGCGGCGACAGCAAGCAGCUCAAGGAUCUGCUGCUGCUGCUGGAGGACGACGACGACGAGGACCCUGCCACUGCCGUCCGCAGGCCGCCCGUGGAGGCAGAGGCAGCACAACAAGUCGUCGUAGUACAAGUUGAUUCUGAGCUUUCUUCUGCUGGUGCUGCACCUGCACCAGCUCCAGCACCAUCACCGGCACCGGCACCACUCCCAGUGGUCCUUGAUGGGGGCGGGGUGACCAUGGAUGGGGACUCCCUGCUGCACGUGGUUGCGGCUUGCGGCGACGGCGAGGAAUUCAUCAAGUGCGCCAAGAUGAUCGUCCGCGACAAGGAGAGGAAGGGCGGUGCCGGCGCGAAGCGCCUGGUCCUGGAAGCGCGCAACAGCAAUGGCGACACGCCGCUGCACUGCGCCGCCGGAGCUGGGAACGCCGAGAUGAUCUCCUGCCUCGUCGCCCUCGCCAACACCGCCGACGCGAAGGCGUUCGUCAGAAUACGGAACCGGUGUGGGGAGACCUCCCUGCACCAUGCGAUCCGCCGCGCUGCCAGUGCCGACAACAACGCCGACAAGGUGGUGGUCUGCAUCAUUGACCGGCUCAUGUCCGUGGACUCGGAGCUGGCGUGCAUCCCAGCGGAGGGAGAGGAGGGUGCUUCUGCUUCCCCGUUGUACCUGGCCAUUUCAUUAGGAGAUUUGGAGAUUGCAGAGCACCUGCUGGUCAAGAGCGAUGGCAGGCUGUCCUACGCCGGACCAGACGGACGAAACGUCUUGCAUGCAGCGGUUUCCUGUGGGCGAGCGCUGCCUAUACUUUUGAAGUUGCUCAAGGACCAGACGAAGACGGCUGACCUCGUGUGGCAGCUGACUAGCCAGAGGGACAAGCUGGACGGGAGAACCCCUCUUCACUCGGCUACUGCAGCGUUGAAAGCGCGGCCCUGGAGUUGCCUUCUUUUCAGAUUGUUUCCUCAGUUUUUGUCGGGGUCAUGGUGGGCGGCGACCAAGGCGCUUCUGGAUGCUAAUGUAUCCACGGCGUAUCAGGCGGACAAUGAGGGAUCCUACCCCGUACACGCUGCCGCAUGGUCUCACUGCCUAAGCGUCGUCAAGUUGCUGCUGGAGAGGUGCCCGGACAGCGCCACUCUGCGAGAUGGUAAAGGGAGGACUUUCCUCCAUGUUGCUGUUGAGGAGGAGUUCCCAGGCAUGGUUCAAUAUGUGUGUGGGAUGCCGCAGUUUGCAUGCAUCCUGAAUGCGCAGGACAAGAACGGGCUGCACCGAGCUGUCCAUGCUGGGAAUGUGGCAAUCUGCAGCUGUCUCAUUCGGAAUCGGCAGGUACGGUUGGAUGUAGCAAAUAAAGACGGGAUGACACCUCUUGAUCUCGCAUGGAGUUUGAACCCUCCAGGGUUUUCAGUAUUUCAUGAAUCCAAGAUCUAUUAUAGAGAUGACAUUAGCAUACGCAGGAGCUCGGCCCGGUCCGGUUCGGCCGCAGCUCUUGUAUGAGAAAUCUCUCUCUAAAAGAGACGUGGACGGAGAAUCAGAGAAGCAUACACAGGCGACGCAGGUGAUGAGCAUUGUCGCUGUACUCAUCGCUACUGUGACAUUUGCAUCAGCUUUCACGCUGCCCGGAGGUUAUCGCGCAGUGGGGACGGCCGUGCUUGCUGGGACCAGCGGCUAUGCCUUCGAUGCCUUUAUCCUGGCCGACACUCUGGCAUUCAUCUGCUCCAGCGUGGCUACCUUCAGCCUCGUCUACGCCGGGGUGCCGGCUAUGGACAUCUCCAUCCGCACCUACUACUUCAAUCUUUCUGCCUUUUUGCUGCAGAACGCAGGAAGAAGUUUCGUGGUCGCGUUCGGACUGUGUUUGUAUCUCGUGCUGGCUCCAGCGGAUCGUAUGGUUGCAGUCUCUGUCUGUGUCGUUAUUUUUGCAUCUUUGCUUUUUGGAAACAUGGAAGCUUGGAAGAUCACUUGUCUGGCGAUCACGGUCCGCGCUCGAGCUGGAAUUCGACCAUAUGCACUGCGGAGUUACGCGCAAGCAAUUUCUUUUCAUGUCUUGGUACACUUCGGGAGCUUCAUAAUAAUCUUCGGCCUCCCAGCAAUUCGCAAGUGGGCAACAUCAGCUAAAUAGGAGCCAACAUUCCUUGGUCGCCAUGCCAAGAGCGCAUACAUCCAUCGUCAGGCCCAAAUAAUCGAUCGUCUUCAGACUGUAUUAUCUAAUAAUUUAGUUUUCCAAAAUCUGCACAAUAGUGUAUCAUGUGUACACACUACUUCUGUGUACUGGUUUAUCAACUUCUUCUUUUUUUAACUUAAAACAAACCAUAUACGGCUGCAAUGCUUCUAAGGAUUUCUUCAGCUUUGUACCACAUCAUCAAAUAGACAAAUAUACAAUGAGCGAGCUGGAUUCCUUUACCUUUCCCCGUCA